AUGUCGAAAGUCAAAGGCCCCGUGGAUCAGAUAGUCAAGCUCAUUGUCGGGGCUGGCCAGGCAAGCCCCGGUCCUCCAGUCGGCCCAGCACUGGGAAGCAAAGGCAUCAAGUCGAUGGACUUUUGCAAGGAGUUCAAUGCUAGGACGCAGCACAUCAUCGCGGGCACUCCGAUGCCCGUCCGAGUAACGGUCAAGGGCGACAGGUCAUUCCACUUCGAUAUCCGGACUCCGCAGACGUCAUGGCUUCUGCUCAACGCAGCCGAGGUUGCGCCUGGGAAGAAGGGCGUAAGGAAAGGCGCGAACUUUCCCGGAAAAGAGACAGUCGGAACCGUGAGCCUGAAGCACGUCUAUGAGAUCGCCAAGAUCAAGCAGACAGAACUGCGGCUCUCUGGGCUGCCGCUAGAAGGCCUCUGCCGGGCCAUCAUCUACCAGUGCAAAUCAAUUGGGAUUGCUGUGGUCCCAUAG